UUAGGAACAGUGAUUUCUUGGAUCCUCCAGUUUGUGUGCCUCUCUCCUGUUGUUUGUGAAAUGUUCUGCGUGACGUAUGCAGCCUUGUAACGCCUUCUGUUUCGUAUUGAUUACAUGCAAUCACAUAAUUCAUCACAUGACAUGCUCCAGCCUGUUGACCUUCUGUUAUCGCGAGAUUUGUGAUGAAGGUUGGGCUACCGAGAUAAAACCACAAGAAGCCGUGAAGCUGAAGCAGAGGACUUCGAAAGAAAAGUUUUUAUUAUGUCUGCGAAUUCGGCUCCGCCACAUGAAAUGGAGUGUGCCGUGUGCACAAAGGACUUCACCACACCCAAGAUCUUACCAUGCGGUCAUCUUCUCUGCAAAAAUUGUGUCAUUUCGUGGACAGACACACGGUCCGACGCAGGCUGCCCACUUUGUAGAUGUCCUAUUGUCGAGCCCCGAGACCAGUUAAACCGAAGCUCUGCCGAUGUUGCUGACGCCCUGCCAACAGACUUUGUGAUGGAAGCGCUCGUGGAGAGCGCUCGUGUGCUGGCUAAGGAUCGAAUUUGUUGUGUGUGUGAUGGCGUGACGGCAGACUUUAUCUGUAUGCAGUGCAUGGACAUGAUGUGUUCAGCGUGCGCCAAGAUACACAAGAAGAUGUCCAUGAGUCGCAGUCACGAUGUGGAGAGUGUCAGCACUGUGACACCUGAACGUCUGGCUGCCAGCCGCCCUGCACUGUGUGCUGACCACGGCGACAAACAGUCUCUCUUUUGUGUUCAGCAUGGUCUCGUUCUCUGCCUCUCCUGCAGUUUUCUCAAGCACCGGGAAUGCACACAGGUAAAAGAGCUUCACGACCAGAUGAGGACGGCUGACAGUUUACUAGGCGGUUUGAUCGUCACCCUUGGCAACGCAGAACAAAACCUGGAUCAAGCGCUACGUCAGCUGAACUCCCGUCUCCAGGAAGUGGAUGCCGACGAGAAAGCAAACAUGGCCGAGGUGGACAAAAUAUUUGACUACCUUCAGCAACAAGUGGACGUUUGUCGCAACCAUCUGAAAGAAAGGACACGUGACGUACAUUCCAAAGCCAGGGCCUCACUGCAUGACGUCAGAGCCGCCCUGAAAAACCGUUUUUGGAAGAUGACGUCACACAAGCAAAUCGUGACGCGAGCCAGAGCAGUGGCGCCACGUCCCGCGCUGAUACACGUGACCCAAGCUCUGAUAGACAGGGUCAACAGCCUUGACCUUACGGCUGACCUGACGGGUCAUGUGUUGGCGAAGCCGGUACCCAGUGCGAAAUGGUGUGAAGAGGUCGUCAUGCGAGUGGUCGACGAUCUUCAGCGGUUAGGACAUCGGACGACCGAGUCUUGGCAGAGCUGCGUGGUCCAAUGGUAGACAUGGAGCCUCUGUCAUCAAGUUCAUCCAGUCACUCUGGCCACACCGGCGGUGAUGGAGAUUCCUGUCCAGUUGGCGAUGUCCAAGAGUGUAAUAGUGUAGUUGUUGGUCAGAGAGUUGGCAUCAAUGAAGGGAUUUUAAUGGGCUACACAGGCUACGUCUUGGACAUCAAAAACAAUGAAGUCAUUGUGAAGCUGGACUCUCUCCAGACACCGAUGACUUUUAACAAAUCCUUCCUAACGACUCUCCCAUAAGACCAGAUACGCAUGAUGAGCUCUACUCACGCAGAACUACAGUUUGCUGUUGGGAUUUUA